GCCCUUCAUCACCACGGCUGGUGCAGGCUGCCGGUUCGCCCGAUCUCACACAACAAUGAUUUGUCUAGUGUUAAGCAUAUUUGCAUACAUUUUCCAGACCGGCUGGACCGGGGUCAACGAGCGGACCUUCAUCGCAGUGAAGCCGGAUGGCGUGCACCGGAGGCUGGUGGGCGAGAUCAUCCGCCGCUUUGAGCGCAAGGGCUUCCGCCUGGUCGGCCUCAAACUCAUGCAGGCCUCGGAAAGCCUCCUGAAGGACCACUACUGGGAGCUGAGGGACAAGCCUUUCUUCAACGGGCUGAUACGCUACAUGAGCUCCGGACCUGUCAUCGCCAUGGUGUGGCAGGGGCUGGACGUGGUGAAGACGGCACGCAGAAUGCUGGGAGAGACGAACCCCGCAGAUUCUCUUCCAGGGACCAUCCGAGGGGACUUCUGCGUGGAAGUGGGCAGGAACGUGAUCCAUGGCAGUGACUCUGUGGAGAGCGCACAGAGGGAGAUCUCACUGUGGUUCCAGCAGCAGGAGCUCAUGUGCUGGGAUGACAGCAACCAUCAUUGGGUCUACGAGUGACACGCCACACACGCGCACACAGACCCAUACACACACACAGACACAAAACUCAGUUUCACGUCAUUCUGAAGCCAACUCUUGACCUAUGAGUGACACACUACCAACACACAAAUGCACACACACACACACACACACACACUUUUCAACUUUCAGUUAUUGAUGCAUAUUGAUGCAUAUUCAUAUAUUGGGACACAAAGACUGGGGAGCAGUGUGAGCAGAGGAUAAAAAAGAAACCUCAAAUCUGUCACAACCCACCAUUCAGAUACAUCUGUCUUGCUUUAGCAGCUUUCAGUAGUCUGUAGAUGUGUAC